AUGAAAGCAGCAGCCAGCGGCGUAGUAGUGUGCUACUACGGUGAAUGGGCCAACCAGAGGCCUGGAAACGGCCGCUUCGGCGUGAGUGACAUGCCCACUGAUCUUUGCACGCACAUCGUCUAUUCGUUCCUCACACUUAACGGAACCACGGGAGGCAUUAUUGCCCCUGAACAAACUACUUACGAGGGAAAGGCCAAUUCUGCUACUGAUCUCGUUGCGUUAAAAGAGAAGAAUGCCGAUUUGAAAAUCAUGGUUGCUAUUGGUGGUUGGACUGAAGGCUCAGUUAACUUCACAGCGGUUGUCAACGACGAUACCUUGAGGGCAACCCUAGUCAGUAACUUGUACAACUAUAUUGAUACCAACGGCUUCGAUGGUUUAGACUUGGACUGGGAGUACCCUGCACAAAGGGAUGGAGCUGACACUGACAAGGAACAAUUCGUGACUUUGGUCAAGGAGUUGAAGGAAGCAUUCGCAGCGAAAUCUUAUCUGUUGACCGCCGCCGUCGCCGUCACCCAGUCCAACAUCGAUUUGUCCUACAACGUCACAGAACUUGACAAAUACCUGGACUACUUCCACCUGAUGAUGUAUGACUUCCACGGCACUUGGGAUUCUGUGACUGGAGUAAACGCGCCUCUAUACGCUCAGUUGACUGACGACUCUUCCUUAAAUUUUAAUGUUAACAACUCUGUCCACGUCUGGAUCAACAACGGCGCGACUCCCUCCAAGCUGGUGUUGGGUUUGGGAGCGUAUGGCAAGACCUUUACCCUGACCAGUCUGAACAACACUUCGACCGGGGCGCCGUUCACUGGAGCCGGGGCAGCCGGCCCUUACGUUGCAGAAGCUGGCAUUUAUAGUUACUUAGAGAUUUGCGAAGACCAAAAGAACUACCCCGCUGAAUGGAACAUAACCGAGGUAGAGGGCAACUACGUGUAUGCCAACAAGGACCUCUUUUGGGUCGGCUACGACAACCCUAACACUAUUAAGGCUAAGGCACAAUACGCCAAGACCAUGGGCCUGGGAGGUAUCAUGUACUGGGCUGUAGACGAGGAUGACUUCGGUGGCAUCUGCGGAGACAAGUUCCCUCUCAUCUCAGCGGGCAUUGCUGGAUAUAACUCUGCUUAACUUUAACAAGUUUUGCUA